CCACCUCCCCCUUCUUAUACCCCGGGGCUAGGGUUUUAGUUGCUCUCUCCCCGCCUCCUCGCCGCCCAACUCCCGCUCUCCUUAGGGCUUCCUCCCUCCUCUCCCCGGCGGCGCGGCGGCGAAGUCCAACCAGGCCCCACCGGACCUCCGACCAUGGGCGGCGAGAAGGAGAACCUCGACCUCUCCGACCUCAACAGCUCCCUCCCCGCCGCCGCCGCCGCCCUCAGCGCCGAGGACCGCGUCGGCCUCGUCAAUGCCCUGAAGGACAAGCUGCAGAGCUUGGCGGGGCAGCACGCGGACGUUCUCGAGUCGCUCUCGCCCAAUGUCAGGACGCGUGUUGAGUUUCUGAGGGGCAUUCAGAGCCAACAUGAUGAGAUUGAGACGAAGUUUUUUGAGGAACGGGCUGCCCUUGAAGCCAAGUACCAGAAGCUGUAUGAACCAUUGUAUGCUAAGAGGUAUGACAUUGUAAAUGGAGUUGUGGAGGUUGAUGGUGUUGCUAAAGAACCUACCAGUGAAAAUGCUGCUGAGGGGGGAGAUUCAGAUGGUAUGAAAUCAAAGUUUGCACUUCCUCUUAGAGAUCACCAUUCUGAUGUGCUGUUAACCUCUUUUUCAGCUAAAGGAGUCCCAGAUUUUUGGCUCACUGCUUUGAAAACAAAUGACGUGCUGACUGAGGAGAUCCAAGAGCGUGAUGAGCCUGUUUUGAAAUAUCUAAAGGAUAUCAAGUGGUCUAGAAUUGAUGACCCUAAGGGUUUCAAGCUUGAGUUUUUCUUUGAUACAAACCCUUUCUUCAAGAACUCUGUCCUAACAAAAUCCUAUCAUAUGGUUGAUGAGGAUGACCCAAUUUUGGAGAAAGCAAUUGGGACUGAAAUUGAGUGGUAUCCUGGGAAAAAUGUGACACAGAAGAUUCUAAAGAAGAAACCCAAGAAAGGUUCAAAGAACACCAAGCCUAUUACUAAAACUGAAGAGUGCGAGAGCUUCUUCAACUUUUUCAGCCCCCCACAAGUACCUGAUGAUGAUGAGGACAUUGAUGAAGAAGCCGCUGAUGAGCUUCAGGGUCAAAUGGAGCAUGAUUAUGACAUUGGGUCUACCAUAAGGGACAAGAUCAUCCCUCAUGCUGUUUCUUGGUUUACUGGUGAGGCUGUGCAAGCUGAGGAUUUUGAUGAUAUGGAAGAUGGUGACGAGGAUGACGACGAUGAGGAUGAUGAUGAUGAAGAAGAUGACGAGGAGGAUGAGGACGAGGACGAAGACGAUGAUGAAGACGAGGAAGAGCUAAGCAAGCCAACGAAGAAGGUGGCGGGCAAACCGAAGGGACCUGCGAAGGGUGGCGCACAAGGGAACGCUGAGCAACCGACCGAGUGCAAGCAGCAGUAGAACUUUGUGGAUGCAGUUGUUGCAGUAUUUUCCAUUGAACUGCCCAGGGUGGAGGAGCUUUUAUGCUGGUUGUGUUGUGCACGGGUGAGACGUCUGGUGUGGAUAUUUACCGUAGGCAUGGUUUUGUAUCUGGUGGCGAGGUGAUUGUGCUGGUGUGGAUGGAUGGUUUGGGACGGUCAUGUUAGCGUGUUAUUCUUAUUAUGGUCUCUAGCUAUAUGCAGUCGAAGGAUACCCUAAGAUUGUGUAAUUAUAUUUGAACUCGUAAUAGAGCCUUUUAGUAUUAUAUUUAUGCCA